AUGGGGUUCGUACAGAGAGUGAUGAAGCGAAUACCGUCUGCGCGGAGUCUGCCUUCGAUGGACGAAGUCAAGGAAAAGACGAAGGCUUCUUCUAGAUUGGCGUUCUUCCGGCGGCCGCUCAGAUUGAAGGGCAACUCCAGCAUUUCAAUACCCCUCGGCGUUGUUCUAUUAUUUCCUUGCAUUGUCGUUGUAUUGAUCUUGGUGCUAUUCGUCCGACAUCCUAAAUCAGGAGUCGGCAUAUUAAUGCCUGCUGGGGCACCACCAGCUAUUAGGAAAAUCAGCGAAGAGCAUGACAAGGUCUUUGUCACAGGCUGCUUAGAGCCAGAUACUUCGCAACCUAGAGCGAACGCGGCAUUUGUGGUCUUGGCGAGGAACAAGGAGUUAGAUGGUGUCAUCCAGUCCGUCAAGUCCAUCGAGAGACACUUCAACAGGUGGUACCAUUACCCCUACGUGUUCUUGAACGAUGCCGACUUCAAUUCAACCUUCAAGGAGACGAUCCAGAAUUACACAAGUUCUCCUGUGGAGUUUGGGAAGAUCGACCCCAAGAUGUGGGGAUUCCCAGACUGGAUAGAUCCCAAGGUCGCCAAGGAGGGUAUUGAGAAGCAGGGAGAUCAAGCUAUCAUGUACGGUGGCAUGGAAAGUUAUCAUGCCAUGUGCAGAUUCUACUCGGGAUUCUUCUACAAGCAUGAACUCUUGGCCAAGUACGAAUGGUACUGGCGCUUGGAACCAGAAAUCAAAUAUUUCUGUGACAUUACAUACGACCCAUUUUUGAGGAUGAUCGAAUCGAACAAAACAUACGGCUUCACCAUCGCAGUCAAGGAAUUGAAGGAGACCGUGCCGAAUAUCUUCAGAUACGCAUCCGCAUACAAGAGGGUCAACAACUUGACUUCUCAGGGGCUGUGGGAAAUGUUCGUCGAGCCUCAACCAGAGAAGACAGAGGAGCUACCAGAAGACGAUCCGAAUUACAAACACCCUCUGCCGGAAGAAAUCCUUCGAGGUGAUCCAUCUCGAGCUUCUCUACCAACCAUCGAUCCAGAAGCUAUGGAGGGAGAGAAGUACAACAUGUGCCAUUUCUGGUCGAAUUUUGAAAUCGCCAGACUCAGUUGGUUCAGGAGUAAGGAGUACGAAGACUUCUUCCAAAUGAUGGAUCGCAGCGGGGGGUUUUGGAUGGAACGUUGGGGAGACGCUCCAAUCCACUCCCUUGCAGCCGGAGCCCUUCUCGCUCCAAGAGACAUCCAUUAUUUCCGCGACUUUGGCUACCGACACACCACGAUCCAACAUUGUCCCGCGAACGCACCGGCUCGCCAAAUGCCACGAUCUCCCUUUCUAGAAAAGACUACAUUAGAUGAAAAAAAACGGAAAGAAGAAGACGAAUACUGGGAUUCGUGGGAUCCCGUGAAGGAGAAUGGCGUUGGGUGCAGAUGUAGAUGUGAUACCGACAUUGUGGAUGUUGAAGGAAAACAAGGCUCUUGUCUUGCAGAGUGGGUGGAUGUUGCCGGAGGCUGGGCAAGCCCUUAA